GGCCCGGAGCGUAGAGCGCAUGCGCAGUGGCGGCGCGGUGAAGGGCAUUGGAAGCGAAUGAGACGUCUGCGAAACGCUGGCAGCGCAAACCGACUUCAGUACCGACGCGCUGUAGCCUCGGCGCUGCGGAGCGCCUUCCCUGGACUCCAGCACACACUAACAGCCCCUCACAGCGCCGUCUGAAUUCCGCGCCGUACAGGCUUCCACUGCACUGCGGAGGAGCUGGACCAGGACGUGUCACUGGAUGGGAAAAUAGGCCUCAUGACUGAUUUGCUUAAUUAUGCAAGUGUGUUGAUAGAGUAAAUUCGUGAGGUUCCCCAGCGCCCUGACCUGAAUGGCUGUGUGCAGAGGGGGUGUCUCUUUUUGGGUGGGUUGCAUCAGGAGCCAUGGCAGAAGGCAGCCGUUAAGAAAACAGAGCUGGAGCAUAUGGCAGGCACUUGACUCACAGUUGAAUGGCACCUGUAGAGUCCUUAGCAGCGCAUCGUGGGCUUUGGCUCCCCCAAACAGCCUCUGCUAUCAAACUGUAAAAAAGCCGUCCCUUUCUCAUCCCUUCCACCAUGCCUGCCAGCCACACAAAGACAGAGCGCACAGUCUAGAAGAGGAAUUUGAGGAGACCCUUAGCCUGUGUGUUCUGCUCAAACCCAGCGAGCCGGAUGAACAGCAUACCCUGGUGGAGGUGCCCCUGUUUGGACAAGUCAAGUUGGGCGAGUUCCUGGCUUUAGGAGCCAACAGACCCACUGACCUUGUUUUUUCUUUGACCACUGUUGACGGGAGGAGAGAAGAUGACAUUAGCAUUGUUAAAAUGUCCGGGACUGAGAAAAAGCCCGUGUGGGAGCAGAGGGAGAGAGGCUCGUUCAGGAGUUUGUUUGAGACUGAAGGAUGUCCAGCUCCAUUCAUUUUGGGCUCUCAUUUCUAUUGCUUUCACUGCCCUGGAAUGGAGCAUGUGCCUGUGCCUGGAGAUAGGGUGAGGAUUGGACGUACUUGCUCUCCACCUUCCUUUACCUCCCUCUGCAGUCCUGCUGAGACUGAGGGCAUGGUGAGUGGUCCCAGUGAGAGGGACAUGGAGAAUGAGGAGAAGCUGGCUCUGAUGUACGAAAAACUAAGGAUUGAGCUUCCUGCCUUUUUUGUGAAGAAUCAUGAUUACAGCAUGUAUUCCAUUGAUGUCGAAUUCAUCAAUGGUCUUCUCAACACCAAGACGAGAGGCCGUGUGGCAUACCAGCUGACCCUGUCGCUGUGGCGGUUGCUGUGUCUGUGCUAUUAUGCGGAGGCACGGCUGGAGGUGCUGAAGCUAACGAAGCACCCGGAGGACGGCUCUAUCAAAGCGCGCUGGAGGGUCAAGGGCCUUCCUUUCCAUUCUCUACUGCUCCGCUUUUACAAGAAAGACAAGACUCAGCUUUACAGGACCUUCGAUGCAUUCUCUACCUUCUACCUGGGCUCUGAUGGGCUUAUACACUGUCAUAAAGUUGAAAAGGUAAUGCAAGCUCAGCCGCCUGUGCUGCCCAAAGUGACUUCACUGCUAGCUGGGGCCCUGGUGGCCCUGGGGAUUCAGGAGCAUCGGCCCGCUCUUAAUCUGCUGCCACUGUUCCUCUCCUCUUUCAGACAGGGUCGAGAGUAAGGAGGAGAGCACAGGAAAGGCACUGUGUGGGAGUGUGUGGGUAGAAGAACGUGUUUCUGAUGUGGAAAUGAGAUUGAAGAGUAAACCUCUUGAAAAAACUGAAAAACCCAUUAACCCAAGGAUGAGAACAGCACCGUUUACAGGAGUAACAGUUAUACCAUAUCAUUGUCAGUUAUCUUGCUUGUCUAAUUGAUUACAAGGUACUGUGCUAUGUCUCAGCCCAAAGCUCUGUAGUAGCAGUACAUCAGCUGAUGCUUACAGAAAGCCUUUCAGUGCUCUCAAUGUGCGCUGGAAAUCAUUACUUUAGUAUUGGCUGUUUUUCCUUCCCCAUUUGCUUCCAUUCUGUUUACUAAAACAAACACUACCACGAACUACAGAUUGGCAGUUUCUUAGUUCAGGAACAUAUCAGGCACCCAUAAUUAGGGAGUUUUCAUGCAUCCUUCAUAAGAGUCAGCUGACAACAAGCACACAUCCAGAUGAGCGGGAAGGAGGGAGCACAGUUGUGUAUUAAUAAAUGCCUAAACAAGACUUUUCACUAUAGGAAAUAAUUUAUUGAGCUUGCAGCAACAUCUGUACCACUAGUUUUGUAUAUAUCUUUCACUUAUAUGGAGAAAUCAGUUGUCUUAACCUGUGUCCUGCCUUGUAGAGUAGCCUUGACUUCCAGCUACAGUAAUUUGGGGAAUAGGGAGCAAGUUUCAGAUACAAGCCAGUCUUUUCUUAGAUCAAGUAGAUCCAUGAAACGUGAUGUAACGGUCUUCCUCCUUUUUGUGUGGUGCAUGCCACCAAUUAGACACGUUAGUGAUUUCCGCAGUGGACGUCCUUGAGGCUGGUUCCUGACGUGUGCACAUUACGUAGUAAUGAGAAAAUAUUCACUCCAGUUCAGAUAUAGGAACAUGUGCUUUGGGAUGAAAGGUAGUUCAGUAUCACUUGUAAACAGAUGUGCACACAGGUAUCAAACUUCAACCUUCAAAAUGUUUAUUUUUCAUCUUUUGACUUUGGUCUGGGAUUAAUUACAUUAAGAUGGAGCCGCUAGAUGUUUUAUUUGGUAUUGUACUUUGUAACCCCAAAUUGUCUGCAUUGACCUUAUUACGUAUUUUACAGAAUGGAGUCUGUUUUUUGGGAAUACUUCACUGAAGGGCAGCAUUUGUAAGACAACUGACAUAAACCUACAUUAAUAUUUAUGAAGGCUUCAUCCAUCAAGCAUCAGUUGUCAUAAAGGCUGCAUCAGUCAGUGUCAUCCAGAAAGUUAUGCCAGUUGGUGCUUGUUGGAAGAACUCUUUAUAAACAUAUAAAUAUGAAAUGCUUAUGCUAUGUAGCUAUCACGGAGCCUUAUGAACGCUGCUGUACAGUAAAGUGUUACCAUUUGUUCUAACGCACAAAACGGCCACGUGAGCGCAGCUAUGGUUGAAGUACAAAGGUACUGUAUAGGUUACUGCUUAUAUAGUGCCAUAAACCUGAGUGGCCCUGCUGUACAUAGCAAAUGCAGAAGCAUAUUGGUCUGAAUCCAUUUCUGCUCUGCUUCACGGUGUUUGUGAUCUAAGAGUGCUUAUUUGGAUUAGUUCAGGGAUUGGUUACAGUCAGCUUGUUAGCAAUUAAAGACAGAAGGUCUUAUGAGUCUUAUUACAAUGUAAUGGAUCAGUUAUGCCUUUGUAGGGCUGGUUAACACUGAACUGAUUUCAGCUUAAUUAUAUCCCUUUUCUGUAUGUUUAUUAACAGAUGCCUUGGUAGAGGUAUACCAACCCAGACCAUGCUAGCAAGUCUUUGAUUGGGAAAUAGCACAUUGGUCAAAGAGAUGAUGCCAAAGUAGCUUGAGCUUACAGCAGGGUUUUAACCCUAAUCUGGACAAAAAGUGGUUCUUGUUUUCCUGUUAGCCUUUGGUUCUGUCACAUAUGUUAAGAUGAUGUUUCUGCCUCUAUUUAUAGUAGUUCACAAUCUAACAUCAGACAUAUAGGCAUAUAUUUGUUGAAAUAUAUCCUUUUACUGUUCAAUGUUUUGUUCAAAGCCAGUUUUGUGUGACAAACAAGUACAAAUUACAUGUGCACAUGAUAAAAUAUGUAGACUGAGAACAAAACGUGUAUGUCUGAGCCUUCGUUUUCCUGAAUACAUCCUACUGCUUGCACUUUUAAACUGGCAAUAAGGUGUGACAAACUGUUGCAUAGUCUGCUCUUUAGAUAAUUGAGAAGUGGUAGCAUCCAUAAAAAUUGGAGAAAGAAAAUCGGCUCAGUGAUGCUUAUUUAUUUGAGGUCAGUAACCCAAAGUCUGGUAUGAAAAUGUGUGUGAGUAAUAAAGUGACACAGACACUGUUGA